GCAUAUGCAUGCUGAGAACUCAGUGCAGUUUGUUCUUUGAUUUGUGGGGAGGCUGUUGUUUGCAUCGCGAAGCUUGUGUUUUCAGCACCUGUGCAGCACCUCUACAAAGACAGAGGAACAUUAACAGAGUUGGUCAACACGUUCCAGGGGUCGGCCGCUCUACUGGUGUCAGUCAAGAAACCCGGGUUGGCCUGAAUGUGAGGUGAACACAGCAAAGAGGACGAGAUGAGGAGAGUUCGGAAGAAAGGGGGGAACAAGGAGAAGGUAUUUGGAUGUGAUCUGCUGGAUUACCUGAACACCUCGUCACAAGAGAUUCCUCUGGUGCUGAGAUGCUGUAGUGAGUUUGUGGAGAAACAUGGCAUCGUGGACGGCAUCUACAGGUUGUCUGGAGUGUCGUCCAACAUUCAGAAACUACGGGGUGAGUUCGAGGGCGACGGGAGUCCAGAUCUCAACAAGGACUUGUACCUGCAGGACAUCCACUGUGUCAGCUCUCUGUGCAAAGCUUAUUUCAGAGAGCUGCCCAACCCUCUGCUCACAUACCAGCUGUACGACAAGUUUGCUGAGGCUGUGGCCAUCCAGCUGGAGGAGGAGAGGCUGGUGAAGAUCGGAGAUGUGCUGAAAGAGCUGCCAACCCAACAUUACAGGACUCUGGAGUUUCUGAUGCGCCACCUCGUCAGGAUGGCUUCAUAUUCCUCAGAGACCAACAUGCACUCCAGGAACUUGGCAAUCGUCUGGGCCCCCAAUCUGCUCAGGUCAAAGGACAUCGAGGUGUCAGGUUUUAACGGUACAGCAGCCUUCAUGGAGGUCAGGGUUCAGUCCAUUGUGGUGGAGUUCAUCCUCACACACGUCCCUCAGCUGUUCCCUAAACUAGGUUUAUCAAAUGAGAGAAGGAACUCGCUCCCUUCUCCGACAGCAGCAUGCAUCCCGGGAGAAGGCCAUUUCAGAUUCGCUGCAGCUCAGCCCAUCCAAAACUUUGGUAACAUCAGCCCAGGAGACGGUCCUUUAGCCAUCAGACCAUACCACGCCAUCAUUGAAGGCACAGACAAGAGGAAAGGAUCUCUAAAAGGCAGGAAGUGGAUGUCAAUUUUCAACAUUGGAGGACGAUUCCACGACCCAAGACGGAGACACAAACACUCAGCCAAAGAGAAAGACCGGCCUGCCCUGAGACCUGCAAGAAGCAUGGACUCCCUCAGUACAUCACCGUAUCCAAAUGAAGGAUCCAGGCGUCCUGCACAGCGGCCGCCUUCCACCACGUCUCCCAUCAUCCCCUCCACCCAGCAAUCUGGUCCUGAUGCUACCGCUCCCACCCCAGCUGUCGGUGCCAGUGAAUACGCAGUGACAUAUCGCAGGGGGACAGGGUUAGUGAGUGGGGGAUCAGGGACUCAGGGUACCUACACUGCCUUAGACCCUGAAGGUUUGGGACUCACAGGAGCUGAGGGUCUGCAGACCAGAUCCCCGGGUCUGUCUACUAAAGUGGGCCGCAGAGCAGCCAUGCACAUCACUGGACCCACCAUGGUCACUGUGCCCCUCCACAUCACCUCUAACUUGGCCCUAGGGGUGCUGCAAGGGGGUGGAGCAGACAGGGUCAUCCAUCGAGGCAGGGAGAGGGAUGGAGGAGACAGAGUAGAGGGCAGAGAGGGAGGGGAGAGGAAGGAAAGCAUAGCGGCAGAGAGGAAGGUGGAGGACGGCAGGAAGGCUGAGGAGGAGGGGAGUAAUCGAAAGAGGAAAGUUACAGAUGUGGAAUCGGAGGGGACUACGGAGAAAGGUGUUCAUGAGGAAGAAGGAGGUGAAGGAAAUAAAGAGGAGGAGAAGGAGGUCAGAGAAGAAGAGAGGAAAGAGCCAGAGAUGGUGACGCGGAAUCCAAGUUUGUCCGGAGAGAAACGAGCCAAGAGCGUGAUCUCCAACACGGAGGAAGACAAGGAUAAAGAUGCUCUGGAUGAUGAAAAGGAUAACGAUGCGUACAUGGACAUGAAAGACAUGGUGGUUAAUAUUCAGCCCGAGGUGACUCAGCGUGAUGAGGUGUUCGAUGCUUCUGACAUCCUAAACUCUACUGAGGUGGAGGCGGAUGACUUUGGGCUGUCAGGCUACGUUCAAGAUAACUUUGAAUUCCUAGACCAAAUGGACUCGAGCUUCAUGGACCACAUGGACUGUGGUGCCCCCUAUCAGGUGAACGAGUUCUCCGUUGAGCCUCCUGGUCACUCAGAUGAUGAGUAUGAAGCCAUGGAGCAGUAUCAGUCCUCCUGUCAUCCCACGGAGGACGCACACCAGCAUCCAGGACCUGAAACACACACCAAGAGUCCCACAGAGUCACGAAAACACAGGCCGCUCAGCAUCGACUUAAACAACAGACACACAAAGUCCCUCAGCUUGCCGUACAUGACCUCACCUGUCCACGGACCGGAGGAGACGAGCUCUGAAGAGGAGGCUGAGAGUGAGGAUGACUACAGUGAGGAUGAUGAAAGCAUGUUUGUUAAAAGUCUUCCCUGUGAUUACUUUUUAAACAAUCUGAGCGGGUUUGAAUCAGACGCUGACAGAACGGACAGACGCACUGCCGAUGGAGUAGCUGUACGUGACACUUCAGAGGACAAAGAUUGCUUGUCAAAGCACCUUGAACUUCCUGCAUGUAAAAUAUCACAUGAUGGACAGCUGGAGCAGGUGGAAGUGAAAGACGAAGAAGGUAAUGACGGAUUGGAAGAAAAGGAGAUAACAGAGAAGAAGGAGGAAGUUCACCAAGGAGGAGACCAACUGGAAACAGAAAGGAAAAGCAAAGCAACAGUGGGAGAUCACAUGGUCCUGGAAGAUACUCAGAGUGUAGAAGAACAACCUCAAUCUACAGAAGAGUCCACACACUGGAAUGAUGAAUCAAGCACAAGGCUGGACGACAUAGUAGAGAAAAAGGAAGCUAUAAACGAUUCUCACAGUGAUUAUCCACCUUUCCCUGAUGUUUCUUUUGUCGAACCGGACGAAAGUGAUGACACUCCAUCAGAAGAGUUUGGAGACUUUUCUGUAAGCGCAACAGAAGAGCAUAGAUCCUGUCUUAGAGGAGGCAGUGACGAGGAAGAUGACACAGUUUCAAAUGUGGAUGUGAGUCAAGAAAUAGAUGUGGAAAGAAAAGAAAGUGAGGAGAACAUGAGGAUAGAAAAAGAUAUGGACGACAAUGAGAAGAUAGCUGAGGAAGAACAUGAAGUCAAGAUGAAGAAAGAUAGAAAAGAGGAGAUUGAUGCAAUUUGGGAUGAACUGGAGAGUGUUGUAUGUGAAGUUAUAGAGGAUGAGGAAAGCACGCAGGAGAAGGAAGCUCCAGAAGAAAGUCCAGCUGAGAGAGAUGACAAAAAUGUCAGAGAGGAGCAGAAAGAAAACACUCAGGGAGAGAAGAAAGUUGAGGAAGGAGGGAAAAAUGGGACGGAGGUGGACUUGGUGGAGAACACUGAAGAAAAUGUAAUGGACCAUGAAGAGAUGCAAGGUGGUGAGGGAAAUACAACUGAACUAGAAGAAGCAAUUCAAGAGAAGUGUGUCAUCAGCAAAGAAACAGAGCAACACGAUGGAGAAAGGGUGGGUUUUGAUGGAAAAGAAGAAGGGCAUCAUGGCAAAAAGGAGGCUGACAAGCAACGUAUAAGAAUACAAAGUUUAGAUAAAAAAUUAAAAGAGGCUGAGUCUAAUGAGAAGGCAUUAAAAGAGGGCAAAGGUGGAGUAGGAAGGAAACUGGUCGUCUCCCAACAACCAAAGUUUUACCGAGCGAAAGCAGUGCCCGUCGUGCCUCCAAAGCCACAACACUGCAAAGUCGCCGCCAUGACACUCAGAAAGCAGAAUAAAGAGAGAAGCGAUGCCGACAGAGAGAGAGACAACACGCUGAAAAACCCAACAGAAGGGGACAAAGUCUGCGCAAGAUGGCUGGAAAAAGAUGGAGAUGAAGAAGAAGAGGGAGAGGGGAAAACGGAGAAGCCUGACAGAGAGAGGGACAGGUGGAGGGAUGCGGAUGAGAGUUUCAUGAGGGACACGAACCGAAACAGUCCGCUCAGCAUGAAUUUUGAGGAGGCUGUUGCGAUAGCGACCCUGAAGCGGGAAAAGGAGAAAGAGUGCGAUAAGGAGAAGCAGAAGGAUUAAGGGAAUGAAACACAGUGAAGACAGAUUUUUUUGUUUGUUAAAAAAACUGAUUUAAACUGAUCAAACUGUAAAAAGUAUUUUUCUACAUGGAGCUUAAUUUUCAUUUUACUGAUGGAGUAUUUUCUUAUGGUGUAAGUUACAGCUACAGUUUUGUUUACGCAAUUCUACCACAGAUUAAGGUUUCUUUACGCCUUCAUGAACUUAGUUUGCAGACUGUUAAAUUGUAGUUUUUUCAGGUAUUACAAGGUUUGUUGUCCUAUUACAAGACAAAAACUGUAGAGAGCUGACAGGACAAUAAUGACCAGAGAUGAUUGUAUGUAUUCAAUGUUUUUGAUCCUCUCUGUCCCCAAAAUAUGUAGCUUCUGAUGUGCACACUGCUCUUAAAAAUAACAAAUGUACAACCAAAGGCAAGAAAAAGAAUCAUGGCUAAAACAUAUGAGGGAUACUGAAAAAAAUCCAGAAUUUUCACAGCUUUCUUACUUCAUGUCUGUUCAGCAGGUGAUUAAACGUUAGCCUUAGUUUCAA